GUAAACAAAACCUCAGCAGCAGCAGCAGCAGCACGUGAGAGGGGCAUUUCCGUGGAAAAUGGACGCCGUUUGUCCUUAAACAGUGCAAUGACGGCCCGCAGUAUUUUACUAACCCGGCAGGUUUUGCCUCUUGGACAUCAUUUACGGCGAGUCUUACCCGUGAAGACCUUCUGCUCUUCCACGCGCGAUGAGGUUCGCUUGGCAAAGGAGGCCAGCAAGAAAUACGGGAAACCUGAACCCACUAUAUUUUCUAAAAUAGUUGACAAAACUAUCCCUGCAGUUAUCAUUUACGAGGAUGACAAGUGUCUAGCCUUCAGAGAUGUGAAUCCCCAGGCUCCUGUGCACUUCCUGGUUAUUCCAAGGAUUCCCAUUCCCAGGAUCAGUGAAGCACACGAUGAUGAUGCAUCGCUCCUGGGUCAUCUCCUGAUAGUGGCCAAAAACGUAGCAAAGAAAGAAGGACUGGAUGAAGGAUACAGAGUUGUCAUCAAUGAUGGAAAAAAUGGGGCGCAGUCUGUGUAUCACCUUCACAUUCAUGUUCUCGGAGGACGGCAAAUGAAAUGGCCUCCUGGAUAGAUGGACCUACUGUCAGAAUACAAGUAAUGCUCCGCAUUUUUGGAGGAUAUGAGCAUAACUGAUAAAUGGUACAAAAUGGAAAUUUGUUGGAUGUUAUCAAAAAAAUGCUUGUCAAAUAAUGAGUUAGUGGGAAAAGUGUAAAACAAUUUUCUACAUUAAAAGAGUUUGGUUUUCAUUCUGCGGUUGAUGUUAGCAAGCUGUUGGGUAACCUGCACUUAACUGGGUUGGGUUACCUUUUCUGUUGUUGACUCAUCAUUGGGUAAUAAAAAUGUUCUGGCGA